CGUAGUUUGUGUUUUUUUUUUUUUUACGUGUGCUGCCCGCACUUAAAUAUAUCUUGCCAGAAUUUACACAUUAUUGUGUGGAAUCUCAACAAUUAAUCCAAUAUCAAUCACAAUACAAGUAUAAAGUGAUACACUGGUACGAAUUGACUUAAAUUAAUUCAAUUGUUCCAACUUUACUACUCGUAAUUCUAUUACAAGAAGAACAAAAGCAAAAGUUAGUAGUGUGAAUUGGUUACCUGCAGGACAAGUAUCCUCGGCCCGAACCCCCUCCUCACAUAAAUAAGAAAUAAUUUCAUAAAUAUGUCAGAAGUUGAACAUAAAGUUGAGGCCAAUACGCCAGUACAAACACCAUCAUCUGAGGCAUACUUCGAGAAACAAACCACUCCUGCUCCUACAGUUGGUAAGGAUGAUAAGCUGUCUCAAGAACAUCCCGACAAGCCAUUAUCUCCACCAAACCCAUCCCCAAGUCCAAUAAAACAUAAAUUAUCAGAUGAUGAAGGUGGAAGAGAAGAAGAAGAAGUGAAGAAGCAAAAGGUUGAAGAAAAGAAGGAGGAUGAAGUGGAAGGUGAAGGUGAAACUAAAAAGGAAGUGCCUAAAGUAGAAGAAGAAGCUAAGGAAGAUUCUGAACAGACUAUUAGUGCUACACCUGCUCAAGUUUUCAAAGAACCUGCUCCAAAACCUGCUCCAGAACCUGAUAUGGAUAAUCUUCCAAGUAAUCCUAUGCCAAAACAUCAAGCCAAAUUUGCUCUUAAUUCUAUCAAGGCCAUCAAGAGAUUGAAAGAUGCCAUCCCAUUCAUACAUCCAGUUGAUACCAUCAAAUUGAAUAUCCCAUUCUAUUACAAUUAUAUUCCUCGUCCAAUGGAUCUUUCCACUAUUGAAAGAAAAAUUAAUGCUAAUGCAUAUGUUCAACCUGAACAAGUUGUUGAAGAUUUCAAUUUAAUGGUUGCUAAUUGUUGUAAAUUCAAUGGAGAAAACUCUGGUAUUUCCAAAAUGGCUACUAAUAUUCAAGCUCAUUUUGAAAAACAUAUGUUAAACAUGCCUCCACAUGAUGUUCCUGUUACUGGAACUGCUGUACCUGCCAACUCUAGAAGACGCACCGUUGAAGGUGGUGCAAACACUGCUGCCAAUGGAUCUGGGAGUGCUCGUGCCGCCAGUGCCACUACUGGAGGAUCUACCUCUGGAACUGCUGCUUCAGGAGGUGCAGCAUCUGGAAGAAAAGAAUCAGUUGCUGGUCAUAGACCGAAAAGAACUAUUCAUCCUCCAAAAUCUAAGGAAUUACCAUAUGAUGUAAGACCUAGAAAGAAGAAGUUUGCUACAGAAUUAAGAUUUUGUAAUCAAACUAUUAAGGAAUUAAUUUCCAAAAAGCAUUAUAAUAUUAAUUUCCCAUUUUUAGCACCAGUUGAUACGGUAGCAUUGAAUAUUCCAAAUUAUGAUGAAAUUGUCAAAGAACCAAUGGAUUUGGGGACAAUUCAAAGUAAAUUGGCUAAUAAUCAAUAUGAAAACGGAGAUGAGUUUGAAAGAGAUGUGAGACUUGUUUUCAAGAACUGUUAUGCCUUCAACCCAGAAGGAACAGAUGUAAAUAUGAUGGGUCAUAGAUUAGAAUCAGUUUUUGAUAAAAAAUGGGCUAAUCGUCCAGUUCCUGAACCUACCCCACCACCUUCAGAUGAAGAAUAUUCAAGUGAAGAAGAACCAGAAAUUGAUGAAUCUAUGUUAUCAAGUGUUCCAGCCAUUCAAUUUUUAGAAAAUCAACUUAUUAGAAUGAAACAAGAAUUGGAUCAAUUGAAAAAGGAACAUUUGCAGAAAUUAAGAGAACAACGAGAUGCCAAGAGAAAGAAGAAGAGAGCUAAGAAGACUAAAGCACGGAAAUCUUCCACUCUGUACCCAAGAGAACAACCAGUUGUUACCUAUGAAAUGAAAAAGCAAGUGAGUGAAAUUGUACCACAAUUACCUGACAAAAAAUUACAAGCUCUUAUUAAGAUUAUUAAAGAUGAUAUUGAUUUGAGUAAUGAAGAAGAAGUUGAGUUAGAUAUGGAUCAGAUUGAAGAUAGAACUUUGCUCAAGCUUUAUAACUUCCUCUUUGGAAAGAAGGCAAGUUCUGGAAGUAAAAAGAAGAAGAAGUUACUUAUUGGAGGAGCCGAUGAGAUGGAACAAUUGAGAAGUCAAUUGGCUCUUUUCGAAGAUGCUGAUCGUGGAUCUUCAUCAAUGAAUAUUAAGAAUGAAGAAUCUUCAUCUGAUGAUGAUGCUAGUUCUGAAAGUUCUGAAGAAGAGUAAAGAUAGCAUUAGAUUCUCUCUCCAAACUUUCUAUGUACCAUAUUUAGCUUCCAAUGUAUAUUAAUAUAUUUAAUUUAAAAUAGA